AUGGAUAACCACCCCUCCCCCGCCGAUUAUCGCGCGCAGCAAUUUCCGUCGCAUAAUGACCCGAGAGUAUGGCUAAUUACUGCGGGGGAUUCCCCAAUUGGCAUUUCAGUCGCACGGCAGGUCCUUGCGCAUGGAGACUACGUGCUACUGGGACUAGCACAUUCUACCUUGGAACGAGACCAACGCCGCAGGGAUGGAUUUGACGCAUUUCUGGCUGAAGUGGAGGAACAUAAUGACGAAGGAUGGAAACAACGGAUGAAGGCGGUACCUCUUGAUAUCAGAAUGAUGGGAGAAUGCCAAGCAGUCGUCGCAGACGCAGCAGCGACAUUUGGCCGGGUCGAUAUCCUUUUAUGCUGCACAAGCCAAGUUGAAGAACUAUCAGCCUCAUCACAAACCAUGAACCUUGUACGCGACCAAUUCGAGGUCAACUAUUUUGGUCCACUUAAUAUAAUCAAAGCCGCAUUGCCGCACAUGAGACGAGAGCACAGUGGCCACAUAAUGAUCAUCUCUGGAAUUACCGCCCAUAUUGGUACUCCAGGUCUUGGAAUGUACUGCGCAGCCGGUUGGGCCCUUGAAGGAUUCUGCGAUAGUCUCGCAUUCGAAGUCGCACCCUUCAAUAUCAAACUCACCAUUUUCCAAUGCAGCAUUGAAAUUGGCAUUCUAACAAACCUUGUGACGAGUGUCCCACCCAUGACUCCCGCCUACUCCCCAUCAAACAACAACGCACCUCUCUUCCGUGGGAUUCUUAACCAUCUUAUCCCCAGGCUUCCAGAUGCCCCAUCUGAAGGAGUCCAACCCCAGUCAAAAACUUCCUCAAGCAGGCAAAGCGACAGCCAAGACAACGCGAGAGUUAGCUCCAUCGAAGACGGUCCGUUCUCCGUACCCGAAGUUGUGUCUAUGCAUCCGCCUCUUAGUUCAGCCCAUCUCGAGGUCUUGGUCUCUGAGACUGUUUAUGCUAUCACAUCUAUUGGUGGACAUGAGAACCCACCCUCUCGCCACAUCGUGGGGCAAGAAGGUGUCGCUAGUGUCAAAGAAAAAUUAAAGACCGUCAGCGAGGAAUUGGAAGAUUUCAUCCAAGCUAGCUUUGCAGUCGAUGUUGCUGCGGAUUCAGAUCCUCUGCCGCCUAUCGGUGGAAUGCACUAA